UGGACGGAGACCAAAACAAUUACGGACGAUAGGCACAAAGCGGACGUUGGAAAUCUGUGAAAAUUUUUUAUAAAUCGCGUGUGUGGGCGCUUUAAAAAUGGUGCUGCGAUCGGGGAUUAUAAUUCCGUUUCAGUUUCGCGACACGAAAAAGCUGCUGAUGAUCGGGGUGCCCGAGGAGAACCGCAACCUGAACAUAUGGGACCUGAAGAACGUGGUGCGCGCCGCCUUCGGGAUCUACAAUUUCGAGUUCCGCAACAAGAAGAUCGGCUUCAAUAUCCCGGACGAGCUGCUCCUGCACUACCUGGCCCAGCGUCACGACCUCACCAACUUCGUUAUAGAGAUCAGUCAAGUGUACGAUGUUGCCCUGGACAACUAUGUAUUGAAUCGCCAGUGCCGCUGUGCGGACCAAAAAAUGCUCAACGACUCGCCGACGCCCGAGGAGCCAACCAAUCUGUGCCAGCCCAGUAAUGUCAUGGAGGCCGCACCCACUCCGAUCAUGACAAUGCCGCCCUGUGAGGAGGAGGAUCACGAUCAUGAGCACGAGCACGAGGAGAGCAUGAAGUACCGGAUCGACAAGCCCAGCAGUGGAGCUGCCUCGGCCGAGCUGGGCAUGCCCGCCUACGAGGCCUGCUCGCCCAAGAUGGACUACGACACGCAGGACGAGCUGCCGGAUUCCCCGCACUCGCAGCAGCUUCCGCCACCGCCUUUGCCUUUGCCAGCGGCCUUGCCGCUCCCACCGCCACCCACCUCGCAUCACCAGCAUCUGCAACAGCAACAGCAGCAACAUGAGGAGGAACAGCAACAUAUUCUACAGGAGCGCAUCAUCCAACAAGAGUACAUUAUCCAGCAGCAACAGCAACAUCAACACCUACAACAACAACACCAUUUAGCUCUCCUACAGCAACAGCAGGAGCAACAACAACAACAAAUUCAACAAACAACAAAUAUCGCCAUGGGCACGACUACAACAAACAACAUUCGACAACGCAAGGAGCGCAUGUCCAAGCGGCAGAAGGAGCUGUAUGUGCACUUCCUGCAGCAGCACCAGUUCAUCAACGACCAUCGUCGCAACGAUCCGGUGCUGGAUCCCUACUGGCUGAAGCUGGCCAAUCUGCUGAAUGCCGUGCCCCAGGGCGCCGUGAAGCACGUGACCGAGUGGAAGCAGACCUUUGACAACUGGCGAUACCGCAUCUUCCUCUACGCGCGCUACAACUCCAAGCUGCAGGACGAGGAGGCCCAGAAUCCUCGCAACUUCAAGCCCUUGACGCGUACCGACAAGCAGGCCUACAUCAUGUGGAUCCGGAAUCCGGAUACGGCGCCACCUGAUCUGGACAAGAUGCGCAACGUCUUCUGCAAUCUGGAGGAGACGGCGGUGCAGCAGGAGUAGGAUUUGGAUGCGGAUACGAAUCCGGAUUCGGGUAUUGCCAUUGUCGUAUUUGUAUAACUUCAAAUCUUUCUUUGUCCUCUUUAAUAAUGGUUUUUAUCGUGUUAGCCGUGUGCAUAUGUGUGUCGCUGUCUUUCCUGUUUUUGGAAAUGCAUUUUCCUUUUAGUUUUUGUCAUUGUUAUGCUUAUAUGAAUAUUAAACAUGUGUUUUUU